AUGCGCUCCAAACGAUUCCCCAAAGUUUUUAGUCAGGCACAGUUUCAGAAGGACACAUUGAUCACGGUAAAAAACAAAAGGCAGUCACCUCCAUCACCUCCCUCUGUUCCUCAAACCAGCCAGCGCCUCUGCAUCACCACUGAAGACCCUGAAAGCGCAGAAAGAGUUGUUCAGAAGGAGAAACUCCAUGCAGAACUAAAACAAGUGCUUAGUAAAAAAAGAAGCCAGCUGAAACAUAGCCACACAGAUCUUGCAAGCAUGGAUCCUUCAAAGGACAAGAUUGAGUCUCUGGAGGAGAAGAGACGUCUAUCAGAGAUAGUGGAGAUGGUAGUAGAGACAGAAGCUGAAGUAGGAGCCAGUGGCUACAGUGUGGUGGGUGGAGGGACAAAGGGGAUCUUCAUCAAAGACGUCUUAAAAGACUCACCUGCAGCGAAACAUCUUAGCCUCCAGAAAGGAGAUCAGUUGCUGAGUGCCAGAGUGUAUUUUGAUAAUGUCAAAUAUGAAGAUGCUUUGAAGAUCCUCCAGUGUGCAGAACCUUAUAAAGUGUCAUUCUUCUUGAAAAGGACUGUGGCACAAACUGAAGACAGUGGUCAUCAGAAUACACCAGUUAUUGAACAGAAAGGACCUAAGACUAAGUUGCAAAAAAUGAGUGUGAGAAGUGUCAAACAAUUCAAAGCCAAGAAGAAAAGAGGAGGGAGAUUUGGACUGAAAAGACUAAAAGAGAGAAAGAGAACAAGAGCUGAAGAAGAAAUAGACAUUGGGAAAUCAGCAGGUAGAAUAAAAUUUUCUCCAGUUGAUGUAGAGUUUGCACUCCCAAAGAUUAAACUGAAAAAACACGGUAAAGUGAUUGCAGAUCAAACUGGACCUAUUCAAGGAAUAAAUUCCAUUGAUGAGAAGACAAGAAAGAUUAAAUUUCCAAAACUAGAUGCAAAGCAUACACCUGUACAUGUUGGUAAUAUUAACAUACAUGGUCCUGAGAUCAAGGGUGGACAAUUUCAUAGGCCAGAUAUUGACAUCUCAGUGCCAAAAGGAAAAAUAACAAAAAGUGUUGAUCUAGAAGGUGAGGUCAAUAAAGGGAGUAGAUUUCAAAUGCCCAAAAUCGAUUCUUCAUUACCAAAAGUCAAGGUACCAGAGGGAAAAGGUAAUGUGGAAGGCCGUAAAAUUAACAUGAGAAAGGUUGAAAUGUCAUCCAUUGAUAUUUCAUUAUCGAAGGGGAGUGCAAAAAAAGAAAUUGAUGCCAAAGGACUGCCUGGAAAAAAAGGACAAACUGAUUUACCCAAGCUUGAUAUUUCCUUACAAACCCCUGAGCUUGAUGUAGGUUUUGAGGGUCCUGAGAUCAAAAGCAAAAAUUUUAAUUUGCCCGGAAUUGACAUAUCACUGCCAAUAGUAAAAGGAGGUUUUGAUCUUGAUGGCAAGGCCAAUACAGAAGGUAAGACUAAGAUGUCAAAAGUUGAUCCUUCCCUACCAAGAAUUAAGUUGCCUGAGGGAAAGAUUAAUGUGGAAGGACGGGAUAUCAAAGUUGGCAAAGUUGAAAUGCCAUCUAUUGACAUCUCCUUACCAAAAGGAAAAGCUAAAGGAGAAAUUAACUUUGAAGGACAUUCUGGGGGACGAGAACCUGUUACCUUACCAAAGUUUGACAUUUCUUUACCAACAGUAAAACCAACUGAGGUCGAUAUUAGUGCAGAGGGUCCUGAGAUCAAAGGCAAAAAGUUUAACCUUCCAGACUUUGACAUUAAAAUGCCGAAAGGAAAAGUGAAAGGAGGUGUUAAUCUUGAAGGUGAUGCCAGUAAAGGGGGUAAGUUUCAAAUGCCCAAAGUUGAUCUUUCACUACCAAGAAUUGAGUUGCCUGAGGGACAGAUUAAUGUGGAAGGACCUGAUAUCAAAGUUGGCAAAGUUGACAUGCCAUCCAUUGACAUUUCAUACCCAAAAGGGACUGCUAAAGGUGAAACUGAAUUUCAAGGACUGUCUGGAACAGGAGGACAGAUAAAUUUUCCAAAACUUGAUAUUUCCUUACCAAAAUUAAAAUCCCCUGAGCUUGAUGUAGGUGUGGAAGGUCCAGAGAUGAAAGGCGGAAAGAUUAAUGUCUCAAACAUUGACAUCUCACUGCCAAAAGGUAAAGUGAAAGAAGAUGUGAAUCUUGAAGGUGUGGCUGGUAAAGGGGGUAAGUUUCAAAUGCACAAAGUUGAUCUUUCACUCCCAAGAAUUAAGCUGCCUGAGGGAGAGAUUAAUGUAGAAGGACCUGAUAUCAAAGUUGGGAAAGUUGACAUGCCAUCCAUUGACAUAUCAUUACCAAAAGGAACUGCUAAAGGAGAAAUUAACAUUGAAGGACAUUCUGGAGGGCGAGAACCUAUAAGCUUACCAAAGUUUGACAUUUCCUUACCAACAGUAAAACCACCUGAGGUCGAUAUUAGUGCGGAGGGACCUGAGAUCAAGGGCAAAAAGUUUAACCUUCCAGACAUUGACAUUAAAAUGCCAAAAGGAAAAUUGAAAGGAGGUGUGAAUCUUGAACCUGAUGCCAGUAAAGGGGGUAAGUUUCAAAUGCCCAAAGUUGAUCUUUCACUACCAAGAAUUAAGUUGCCUGAGGGAAAGAUUAAUGUGGAAGGACCUGAUAUCAAAGUUGGCAAAGUUGACAUGCCAUCCAUUGACAUUUCAUUACCAAAAGGGACUGCUAAAGGUGAAACCGAAUUUCAAGGACUGUCUGGAACAGGAGGACAGAUCAAUUGUCCAACGCUUGAUAUUUCCUUACCAAAAUUAAAAACCCCUGUGCUUGAUGUAGGUGUGGAAGGUCCAGAGAUGAAAGGCGGAAAGUUCAAUGUCCCAAACAUUGACAUCUCACUGCCAAAAGGUAAAGUGAAAGGGGAUGUGAAUCUUGAAGGUGAGGCUGCUAAAGGGGUAUUUCAAAUGCCCAAAGUUGAUAUUUCACUCCCAAGAAUUAAGUUGCCUGAGGGAAAGAUGAAUGUGGAAGGACCUGAUAUCAAAGUUGGGAAAGUUGACAUGCCAUCCAUUGACAUAUCAUUACCAAAAGGAACUGCUAAAGGAGAAAUUAACAUUGAAGGACAUUCUGGAGGGCGAGAACCUAUAAGUUUACCAAAGUUUGACAUUUCUUUACCAACAGUAAAACCACCUGAGGUCGAUAUUAGUGCGGAGGGUCCUGAGUUCAAGGGCAAAAAGUUUAACCUUCCAGACAUUGACAUUAAAAUGCCGCAAGGAAAAUUGAAAGGGGAUGUGAAUCUUGAAGGUGAUGCCAGUAAAGGGAGUAAGUUUCAAAUGCCCAAAGUUGAUCUUUCACUACCAAGAAUUAAGUUGCCUGAGGGAAAGAUUAAUUUGGAAGGACCUGAUAUCAAAGUUGGCAAAGUUGACAUGCCAUCCAUUGACAUAUCAUUACCAAAAGGGACUGCUAAAGGAGAAAUUAACAUUGAAGGACAUUCUGGAGGGCGAGAACCUAUAAGCUUACCAAAGUUUGACAUUUCUUUACCAACAGUAAAACCACCUGAGGUCGAUAUUAGUGCAGAGGGUCGUGAGAUCAAGGGCAAAAAGUUUAACCUUCCAGACAUGGACAUUAAAAUGCCGAAAGGAAAAUUGAAAGGAGGUGUUAAUCUUGAAGGUGAUGCCAGUAAAGGGGAUAAGUUUCAAAUGCCCAAAGUUGAUCUUUCACUACCAAGAAUUAAGUUGCGAGGAAAGAUUACUGUGGAAGGACCUGAUAUCAAAGUUGGCAAAGUUGACAUGCCAUCCAUUGACAUUUCAUUACCAAAAGGGACUGCUAAAGGUGAAACCGAAUUUCAAGGACUGUCUGGAACAGGAGGCCAGAUCAGUAUUCCAAAGCUUGAUAUUUCCUUACCAAAAUUAAAAUCCCCUGAGCUUGAUGUAGGUGUGGAAGGUCCAGAGAUGAAAGGCGGAAAGUUUAAUGUCCCAAACAUUGACAUCUCACUGCCAAAAGGUAAAGUGAAAGGGGAUGUGAAUCUUGAAGGUGAGGCGGGUAAAGGGGGUAAGUUUCAAAUGCCCAAAGUUGAUCUUUCACUCCCAAGAAUUAAGCUGCCUGAGAGAAAGAUUAAUGUGGAAGGACCUGAUAUCAAAGUUGGGAAAGUUGACAUGCCAUCCAUUGACAUAUCAUUACCAAAAGGGACUGCUAAAGGAGAAAUUAACAUUGAAGGACAUUCUGGAGGGCGAGAACCUAUGAGCUUACCAAAGUUUGACAUUUCUUUACCAACAGUGAAACCACCUGAGGUCGAUAUUAUUGCGGAGGGUCCUGAGUUCAAGGGCAAAAAGUUUAACCUUCCAGACAUUGACAUUAAAAUGCCGCAAGGAAAAUUGAAAGGGGAUGUGAAUCUUGAAGGUGAUGCCAGUAAAGGGAGUAAGUUUCAAAUGCCCAAAGUUGAUCUUUCACUACCAAGAAUUAAGUUGCCUGAGGAAAGAUUAAUUUGGAAGGACCUGAUAUCAAAGAAAAUUGAAAGGGAUGUGAAUCUUGAAGGUGAUGCCAGUAAAGGGAGUAAGUUUCAAAUGCCCAAAGUUGAUCUUUCACUACCAAGAAUUAAGUUGCCUGAGGGAAAGAUUAAUUUGGAAGGACCUGAUAUCAAAGUUGGCAAAGUUGACAUGCCAUCCAUUGACAUAUCAUUACCAAAAGGGACUGCUAAAGGAGAAAUUAACAUUGAAGGACAUUCUGGAGGGCGAGAACCUAUAAGCUUACCAAAGUUUGACAUUUCUUUACCAACAGUAAAACCACCUGAGGUCGAUAUUAGUGCAGAGGGUCGUGAGAUCAAGGGCAAAAAGUUUAACCUUCCAGACAUGGACAUUAAAAUGCAAGGAAAAUUGAAAGGAGGUGUUAAUCUUGAAGGUGAUGCCAGUAAAGGGGGUAAGUUUCAAAUGCCCAAAGUUGAUCUUUCACUACCAAGAAUUAAGUUGCCUGAGGGAAAGAUUACUGUGGAAGGACCUGAUAUCAAAGUUGGCAAAGUUGACAUGCCAUCCAUUGACAUUUCAUUACCAAAAGGGACUGCUAAAGGUGAAACCGAAUUUCAAGGACUGUCUGGAACAGGAGGCCAGAUCAGUAUUCCAAAGCUUGAUAUUUCCUUACCAAAAUUAAAAUCCCCUGAGCUUGAUGUAGGUGUGGAAGGUCCAGAGAUGAAAGGCGGAAAGUUUAAUGUCCCAAACAUUGACAUCUCACUGCCAAAAGGUAAAGUGAAAGGGGAUGUGAAUCUUGAAGGUGAGGCGGGUAAAGGGGGUAAGUUUCAAAUGCCCAAAGUUGAUCUUUCACUCCCAAGAAUUAAGCUGCCUGAGAGAAAGAUUAAUGUGGAAGGACCUGAUAUCAAAGUUGGGAAAGUUGACAUGCCAUCCAUUGACAUAUCAUUACCAAAAGGGACUGCUAAAGGAGAAAUUAACAUUGAAGGACAUUCUGGAGGGCGAGAACCUAUGAGCUUACCAAAGUUUGACAUUUCUUUACCAACAGUGAAACCACCUGAGGUCGAUAUUAUUGCGGAGGGUCCUGAGUUCAAGGGCAAAAAGUUUAACCUUCCAGACAUUGACAUUAAAAUGCCGAAAGGAAAAUUGAAAGAGGAUGUGAAUCUUGAAGGUGAUGUCAGUAAAGGGGGUAAGUUUCAAAUGCCCAAAGUUGAUCUUUCAUUCCCAAGAAUUAAGUUGCCUGAGGGAAAGAUUAAUGUGGAAGGACCUGAUAUCAAAGUUGGCAAAGUUGACAUGCCAUCCAUUGACAUAUCAUUACCAAAAGGGACUGCUAAAGGAGAAAUUAACAUUGAAGGACAUUCUGGAGGGCGAGAACCUAUAAGCUUACCAAAGUUUGACAUUUCUUUACCAACAGUAAAACCACCUGAGGUCGAUAUUAGUGCGGAGGGUCCUGAGUUCAAGGGCAAAAAGUUUAACCUUCCAGACAUUGACAUUAAAAUGCCGAAAGAAAAAUUGAAAGGGGAUGUGAAUCUUGAAGGUGAUGUCAGUAAAGGGGGUAAGUUUCAAAUGCCCAAAGUUGAUCUUUCACUCCCAAGAAUUAAGUUGCCUGAGGGAAAGAUUAAUGUGGAAGGACCUGAUAUCAAAGUUGGCAAAGUUGACAUGCCAUCCAUUGACAUAUCAUUACCAAAAGGGACUGUCGAUAUUAGUGCGGAGGGUCCUGAGUUCAAGGGCAAAAAGUUUAACCUUCCAGACAUUGACAUUAAAAUGCCGAAAGGAAAAUUGAAAGGGGAUGUGAAUCUUGAAGGUGAUGCCAGUAAAGGGGGUAAGUUUCAAAUGCCCAAAGUUGAUCUUUUACUACCAAGAAUUAAGUGGCCUGAGGGAAAGAUUAAUGUGGAAGGACCUGAUAUCAAAGUUGGGAAAGUUGACUUGCCAUCCAUUGACAUAUCAUUACCAAAAGGGACUGCUAAAGGAGAAAUUAACAUUGAAGGACAUUAUGGAGGGCGAGAACCUAUAAGCUUACCAAAGUUUGACAUUUCUUUACCAACAGUAAAACCACCUGAGGUCGAUAUUAGUGCGGAGGGUCCUGAGUUCAAGGGCAAAAAGUUUAACCUUCCAGACAUUGACAUUAAAAUGCCGAAAGGAAAAUUGAAAGGGGAUGUGAAUCUUGAAGGUGAUGCCAGUAAAGGGGGUAAGUUUCAAAUGCCCAAAGUUGAUCUUUCACUACCAAGAAUUAAGUGGCCUGAGGGAAAGAUUAAUGUGGAAGGACCUGAUAUCAAAGUUGGGAAAGUUGACUUGCCAUCCAUUGACAUAUCAUUACCAAAAGGGACUGCUAAAGGAGAAAUUAACAUUGAAGGACAUUAUGGAGGGCGAGAACCUAUAAGCUUACCAAAGUUUGACAUUUCUUUACCAACAGUAAAACCACCUGAGGUCGAUAUUAGUGCGGAGGGUCCUGAGUUCAAGGGCAAAAAGUUUAACCUUCCAGACAUUGACAUUAAAAUGCCGAAAGGAAAAUUGAAAGGGGAUGUGAAUCUUGAAGGUGAUGCCAGUAAAGGGGGUAAGUUUCAAAUGCCCAAAGUUGAUCUUUCACUACCAAGAAUUAAGUGGCCUGAGGGAAAGAUUAAUGUGGAAGGACCUGAUAUCAAAGUUGGGAAAGUUGACAUGCCAUCCAUUGACAUAUCAUUACCAAAAGGGACUGCUAAAGGAGAAAUGAACAUUGAAGGACAUUCUGGAGGGCGAGAACCUAUAAGCUUACCAAAGAUUGACAUUUCUUUACCAACAGUAAAACCACCUAAGGUCGAUAUUAAUGCGGAGGGACCUGAGAUCAAGGGCAAAAAGUUUAACCUUCCAGACAUUGACAUUAAAAUGCCAAAAGGAAAAUUGAAAGGAGGUGUGAAUCUUGAACCUGAUGCCAGUAAAGGGGGUAAGUUUCAAAUGCCCAAAGUUGAUCUUUCACUACCAAGAAUUAAGUUGCCUGAGGGAAAGAUUAAUGUGGAAGGACCUGAUAUCAAAGUUGGCAAAGUUGACAUGCCAUCCAUUGACAUUUCAUUACCAAAAGGGACUGCUAAAGGUGAAACUGAAUUUCAAGGACUGUCUGGAACAGGAGGACAGAUCAAUUUUCCAAGGCUUGAUAUUUCCUUACCAAAAUUAAAAUCCCCUGAGCUUGAUGUAGCUGUGGAAGGUCCAGAGAUGAAAGGCGGAAAGUUUAAUGUCCCAAACAUUGACAUCUCACUGCCAAAAGGUAAAGUGAAAGGGGAUGUGAAUCUUGAAGGUGAGGCUGGUAAAGGGGGUAAGUUUCAAAUGCCCAAAGUUGAUCUUUCACUACCAAGAAUUAAGUUGCCUGAGGGAAAGAUUAAUGUGGAAGGACAUGAUAUCAAAGUUGGGAAAGUUGACAUGCCAUCCAUUGACAUAUCAUUACCAAAAGGGACUGCUAAAGGAGAAAUUAACAUUGAAGGACAUUCUGGAGGGCGAGAACCUAUAAGCUUACCAAAGUUUGACAUUUCUUUACCAACAGUAAAACCACCUGAGGUCGAUAUUAGUGCGGAGGGACCUGAGAUCAAGGGCAAAAAGUUUAAUCUUCCAGACAUUGACAUUAAAAUGCCGAAAGGAAAAUUGAAAGGAGGUGUUAAUCUUGAAGGUGAUGCCAGUAAAGGGGGUAAGUUUCAAAUGCCCAAAGUUGAUCUUUCACUACCAAGAAUUAAGUUGCCUGAGGGAAAGAUUAAUGUGGAAGGACCUGAUAUCAAAGUUGGCAAAGUUGACAUGCCAUCCAUUGACAUUUCAUUACCAAAAGGGACUGCUAAAGGUGAAACUGAAUUUCAAGGACUGUCUGGAACAGGAGGACAGAUCAAUUUUCCAAGGCUUGAUAUUUCCUUACCAAAAUUUAAAUCCCCUGAGCUUGAUGUAGGUGUGGAAGGUCCAGAGAUGAAAGGCGGAAAGUUUAAUGUCCCAAACAUUGACAUCUCACUGCCAAAAGGUAAAGUGAAAGGGGAUGUGAAUCUUGAAGGUGAGGCUGGUAAAGGGGGUAAGUUUCAAAUGCCCAAAGUUGAUCUUUCACUCCCAAGAAUUAAGUUGCCUGAGGGAAAGAUUAAUGUGGAAGGACCUGAUAUCAAAGUUGGGAAAGUUGACAUGCCAUCCAUUGACAUAUCAUUACCAAAAGGGACUGCUAAAGGAGAAAUUAACAUUGAAGGACAUUCUGGAGGGCGAGAACCUAUAAGCUUACCAAAGUUUGACAUUUCUUUACCAACAGUAAAACCACCUGAGGUCGAUAUUAGUGCGGAGGGUCCUGAGUUCAAGGGCAAAAAGUUUAACCUUCCAGACAUUGACAUUAAAAUGCCGAAAGGAAAAUUGAAAGGGGAUGUGAAUCUUGAAGGUGAUGCAAGUAAAGGGGGUAAGUUUCAAAUGCCCAAAGUUGAUCUUUCACUACCAAGAAUUAAGUUGCCUGAGGGAAAGAUUAAUGUGGAAGGACCUGAUAUCAAAGUUGGGAAAGUUGACAUGCCAUCCAUUGACAUAUCAUUACCAAAAGGGACUUUUGACAUUUCUUUACCAACAGUAAAACCACCUGAGGUCGAUAUUAGUGCGGAGGGACCUGAGAUCAAGGGGGGUAAGUUUCAAAUGCCCAAAGUUGAUCUUUCACUACCAAGAAUUAAGCUGCCUGAGGGAAAGAUUAAUGUGGAAGGACCUGAUAUCAAAGUUGGCAAAGUUGACAUGCCAUCCAUUGACAUUUCAUUACCAAAAGGGACUGCUAAAGGUGAAACUGAAUUUCAAGGACUGUCUGGAACAGGAGGACAGAUCAAUUUUCCAAGGCUUGAUAUUUCCUUACCAAAAUUUAAAUCCCCUGAGCUUGAUGUAGGUGUGGAAGGUCCAGAGAUGAAAGGCGGAAAGUUUAAUGUCCCAAACAUUGACAUCUCACUGCCAAAAGGUAAAGUGAAAGGGGAUGUGAAUCUUGAAGGUGAGGCUGGUAAAGGGGGUAAGUUUCAAAUGCCCAAAGUUGAUCUUUCACUCCCAAGAAUUAAGUUGCCUGGAAAGAUUAAUGUGGAAGGACCUGAUAUCAAAGUUGGGAAAGUUGACAUGCCAUCCAUUGACAUAUCAUUACCAAAAGGGACUGCUAAAGGAGAAAUUAACAUUGAAGGACAUUCUGGAGGGCGAGAACCUAUAAGCUUACCAAAGUUUGACAUUUCUUUACCAACAGUAAAACCACCUGAGGUCGAUAUUAGUGCGGAGGGUCCUGAGUUCAAGGGCAAAAAGUUUAACCUUCCAGACAUUGACAUUAAAAUGCCGAAAGGAAAAUUGAAAGGGGAUGUGAAUCUUGAAGGUGAUGCAAGUAAAGGGGGUAAGUUUCAAAUGCCCAAAGUUGAUCUUUCACUACCAAGAAUUAAGUUGCCUGAGGGAAAGAUUAAUGUGGAAGGACCUGAUAUCAAAGUUGGGAAAGUUGACAUGCCAUCCAUUGACAUAUCAUUACCAAAAGCGACUGCUAAAGGAGAAAUUAACAUUGAAGGACAUUCUGGGGGACGAGAACCUAUAAGCUUACCAAAGUUUGACAUUUCUUUACCAACAGUAAAACCACCUGAGGUCGAUAUUAGUGCGGAGGGACCUGAGAUCAAGGGCAAAAGGUUUAACCUUCCAGACAUUGACAUUAAAAUGCCGAAAGGAAAAUUGAAAGGAGGUGUUAAUCUUGAAGGUGAUGACAGUAAAGGGGGUAAGUUUCAAAUGCCCAAAGUUGAUCUUUCACUACCAAGAAUUAAGUUGCCUGAGGGAAUGAUUAAUGUGGAAGGACCUGAUAUCAAAGUUGGCAAAGUUGACAUGCCAUCCAUUGACAUUUCAUUACCAAAAGGGACUGCUAAAGUUGAAACUGAAUUUCAAGGACUGUCUGGAACAGGAGGACAGAUCAAUGUUCCAAAGCUUGAUAUUUCCUUACCAAAAUUAAAAUCCCCUGAGCUUGAUGUAGGUGUGGAAGGUCCAGAGAUGAAAGGCGGAAAGUUUAAUGUCCCAAACCUUGACAUCUCACUGCCAAAAGGUAAAGUGAAAGGGGAUGUGAAUCUUGAAGGUGAGGCUUGUAAAGGGGGUAAGUUUCAUAUGCCCAAAGUUGAUCUUUCACUCCCAAGAAUUAAGCUGCCUGAGGGAAAGAUUAAUGUGGAAGGACCUGAUAUCAAAGUUGGGAAAGUUGACUUGCCAUCCAUUGACAUAUCAUUACCAAAAGGGACUGCUAAAGGAGAAAUUAACAUUGAAGGACAUUCUGGAGGGCGAGAACCUAUAAGCUUACCAAAGUUUAACAUUUCUUUACCAACAGUAAAACCACCUGAGCUCGAUAUUAGUGCGGAGGGUCCUGAGAUCAAGGGCAAAAAGUUUAACCUUCCAGACAUUGACAUUAAAAUGCCGAAAGGAAAAUUGAAAGGAGGUGUUAAUCUUGAAGGUGAUGCCAGUAAAGGGGGUAAGUUUCCAAUGCCCAAAGUUGAUCUUUCACUACCAAGAAUUAAGUUGCCUGAGGGAAAGAUUAAUGUGGAAGGACCUGAUAUCAAAGUUGGCAAAGUUGACAUGCCAUCCAUUGACAUUUCAUUACCAAAAGGGACUGCUAAAGGUGAAACUGAAUUUCAAGGACUGUCUGGAACAGGAGGACAGAUCAAUUUUCCAAGGAUUGAUAUUUCCUUACCAAAAUUAAAAUCCCCUGAGCUUGAUGUAGCUGUGGAAGGUCCAGAGAUGAAAGGUGGAAAGUUUAAUGUCCCAAACACUGACAUCUCACUGCCAAAAGGUAAAGUGAAAGGGGAUGUGAAUAUUGAAGGUGAGGCUGGUAAAGGGGGUAAGUUUCAAAUGCCCAAAGUUGAUCUUUCACUACCAAGAAUUAAGUUGCCUGAGGGAAAGAUUAAUGUGGAAGGACGUGAUAUCAAAGGUGGGAAAGUUGACAUGCCAUCCAUUGACAUAUCAUUACCAAGAGGGACUGCUAAAGGAGAAAUUAACAUUGAAGGACAUUCUGGAGGGCGAACCUAUAAGCUACCAAAGUUUGACAUUUCUUUACCAACAGUAAAACCACCUGAGGUCGAUAUUAGUGCGGAGGGUCCUGAGUUCAAGGGCAAAAAGUUUAACCUUCCAGACAUUGACAUUAAAAUGCCGAAAGGAAAAUUGAAAGGGGAUGUGAAUCUUGAAGGUGAUGCCAGUAAAGGGGGUAAGUUUCAAAUGCCCAAAGUUGAUCUUUCACUACCAAGAAUUAAGUUGCCUGAGGGAAAGAUUAAUGUGGAAGGACCUGAUAUCAAAGUUGGCAAAGUUGACAUGCCAUCCAUUGACAUUUCAUUACCAAAAGGGACUGCUAAAGGUGAAACUGAAUUUCAAGGACUGUCUGGAACAGAAGGACAGAUCAAUUUUCCAAGGAUUGAUAUUUCCUUACCAAAAUUAAAAUCCCCUGAGCUUGAUGUAGCUGUGGAAGGUCCAGAGAUGAAAGGCGGAAAGUUUAAUCUCCCAAACAUUGACAUCUCACUGCCAAAAGGUAAAGUGAAAGGGGAUGUGAAUCUUGAAGGUGAGGCUGGUAAAGGGGGUAAGUUUCAAAUGCCCAAAGUUGAUCUUUCACUACCAAGAAUUAAGUUGCCUGAGGGAAAGAUUAAUGUGGAAGGACCUGAUAUCAAAGUUGGCAAAGUUGACAUGCCAUCCAUUGACAUUUCAUUACCAAAAGGGACUGCUAAAGGUGAAACUGAAUUUCAAGGACUGUCUGGAACAGGAGGACAGAUCAAUUUUCCAAGGAUUGAUAUUUCCUUACCAAAAUUAAAAUCCCCUGAGCUUGAUGUAGCUGUGGAAGGUCCAGAGAUGAAAGGUGGAAAGUUUAAUGUCCCAAACACUGACAUCUCACUGCCAAAAGGUAAAGUGAAAGGGGAUGUGAAUAUUGAAGGUGAGGCUGGUAAAGGGGGUAAGUUUCAAAUGCCCAAAGUUGAUCUUUCACUACCAAGAAUUAAGUUGCCUGAGGGAAAGAUUAAUGUGGAAGGACGUGAUAUCAAAGGUGGGAAAGUUGACAUGCCAUCCAUUGACAUAUCAUUACCAAGAGGGACUGCUAAAGGAGAAAUUAACAUUGAAGGACAUUCUGGAGGGCGAGAACCUAUAAGCUUACCAACGUUUGACAUUUCUUUACCAACAGUAAAACCACCUGAGGUCGAUAUUAGUGCGGAGGGUCCUGAGUUCAAGGGCAAAAAGUUUAACCUUCCAGACAUUGACAUUAAAAUGCCGAAAGGAAAAUUGAAAGGGGAUGUGAAUCUUGAAGGUGAUGCCAGUAAAGGGGGUAAGUUUCAAAUGCCCAAAGUUGAUCUUUCACUACCAAGAAUUAAGUUGCCUGAGGGAAAGAUUAAUGUGGAAGGACCUGGUAUCAAAGUUGGCAAAGUUGACAUGCCAUCCAUUGACAUUUCAUUACCAAAAGGGACUGCUAAAGGUGAAACUGAAUUUCAAGGACUGUCUGGAACAGAAGGACAGAUCAAUUUUCCAAGGAUUGAUAUUUCCUUACCAAAAUUAAAAUCCCCUGAGCUUGAUGUAGCUGUGGAAGGUCCAGAGAUGAAAGGCGGAAAGUUUAAUCUCCCAAACAUUGACAUCUCACUGCCAAAAGGUAAAGUGAAAGGGGAUGUGAAUCUUGAAGGUGAGGCUGGUAAAGGGGGUAAGUUUCAAAUGCCCAAAGUUGAUCUUUCACUACCAAGAAUUAAGUUGCCUGAGGGAAAGAUUAAUGUGGAAGGACCUGAUAUCAAAGUUGGGAAAGUUGACAUGCCAUCCAUUGACAUAACAUUACCAAAAGAGACUGCUAAAGGAGAAAUUAACAUUGAAGGACAUACUGGAAGGCGAGAACCUAUAACCUUACCAAAGUUUGACAUUUCUUUACCAACAGUAAAACCACCUGAGGUUGAUAUUAGUGCGGAGGGUCCUGAGUUCAAGGGCAAAAAGUUUAACCUUCCAGACAUUGACAUUAAAAUGCCGAAAGGAAAAUUGAAAGGGGAUGUGAAUCUUGAAGGUGAUGCCAGUAAAGGGGGUAAGUUUCAAAUGCCCAAAGUUGAUCUUUCACUUCCAAGAAUUAAGCUGCCUGAGAGAAAGAUUAAUGUGGAAGGACCUGAUAUUAAAGUUGGCAAAGUUGACAUGCCAUCCAUUGACAUAUCAUUACCAAAAGGGACUGCUAAAGGAGAAAUUAACAUUGAAGGACAUUCUGGAGGGCGAGAACCUAUAACCUUACCAAAGUUUGACAUUUCUUUACCAACAGUAAAACCACCUGAGGUCGAUAUUAGUGCGGAGUGUCCUGAGUUCAAGGGCAAAAAGUUUAACCUUCCAGACAUUGACAUUAAAAUGCCGAAAGGAAAAGUGAAAGAAGGUGUUAAUCUUGAAGGUGAUGCAAGUCAAGGGGGUAAGUUUCAAAUGCCCAAAGUUGAUCUUUCACUACCAAGAAUUAAGGUGCCUGAGGGAAAGAUUAAUGUGGAAGGACCUGAUAUCAAAGUUGGCAAAGUUGACAUGCCAUCCAUUGACAUUUCAUUACCAAAAGGGACUGCUAAAGGUGAAAUUAACAUUGAAGGACAUUCUGGAGGGCGAGAACCUAUAAGCUUACCAAAGUUUGACAUUUCUUUACCAACAGUAAAACCACCUGAGGUCAAUGUUAGUGCGGAGGGUCCUGAGUUCAAGGGCAAAAAGUUUAACCUUCCAGACAUUGACAUUAAAAUCCCGAAAGGAAAAUUGAAAGGGGAUGUGAAUCUUGAAGGUGAUGCCAGUAAAGGGGGUAAGUUUCAAAUGCCCAAAGUUGAUCUUUCACUACCAAGAAUUAAGUUGCCUGAGGGAAAGAUUAAUGUGGAAGGACCUGAUAUCAAAGUUGGCAAAGUUGACAUGCCAUCCAUUGACAUUUCAUUACCGAAAGGGAUCGCUAAAGGAGACACUGACUAUGAAGGAUUGUCUGGAACAGGAGGACAGAUCAAUUUUCCAAAGCCCGAUAUUUCCUUACCAAAAUUAACAUCUCCUGAGCUUGAUGUAGGUGUGGAAGGUCCAGAGAUAAAAGGCGGAAAGUUUAAUGUGCCAGAUAUUGACAUCUCACUGCCAAAAGGUAAAGUGAAAGGGGAUGUGAAUCUUGAAGGUGAGGCUGGUAAAAGGGGUAAGUUUCAAAUGCCCAAAGUUGAUCUUUCACUCCCAAGAAUUAAGUUGCCUGAGGGAAAGAUUAAUGUGGAAGGACAUGAUAUCAAAGUUGGGAAAGUUGACAUGCCAUCCACUGACAUAUCAUUACCAAAAGGGACUGCUAAAGGAGAAAUUAACAUUGAAGGACAUUCUGGAGGGCGAGAACCUAUAAGCUUACCAAAGUUUGACAUUUCUUUACCAACAGUAAAACCACCUGAGGUCGAUAUUAAUGCGGAGGGUCCUGAGUUCAAGGGCAAAAAGUUUAACCUUCCAGACAUUGACAUUAAAAUGCCGAAGGAAAAUUGUGUGGAAGGUCCAGAGAUAAAAGGCGGAAAGUUUAAUGUGCCAGAUAUUGACAUCUCACUGCCAAAAGGUAAAGUGAAAGGGGAUGUGAAUCUUGAAGGUGAGGCUGGUAAAAGGGAACCUAUAAGCUUACCAAAGUUUGACAUUUCUUUACCAACAGUAAAACCACCUGAGGUCGAUAUUAAUGCGGAGGGUCCUGAGUUCAAGGGCAAAAAGUUUAACCUUCCAGACAUUGACAUUAAAAUGCCGAAAGGAAAAUUGAAAGGGGAUGUGAAUCUUGAAGGUGAUGCCAGUAAAGGGGGUAAGUUUCAAAUGCCCAAAGUUGAUCUUUCACUACCAAGAAUUAAGUUGCCUGAGGGAAAGAUUAAUGUGGAAGGACCUGAUAUCAAAGUUGGCAAAGUUGACAUGCCAUCCAUUGACAUUUCAUUACCGAAAGGGAUCGCUAAAGGAGACACUGACUAUGAAGGAUUGUCUGGAACAGGAGGACAGAUCAAUUUUCCAAAGCCUGAUAUUUCCUUACCAAAAUUAACAUCUCCUGAGCUUGAUGUAGGUGCCGAAGGUCCAGAGAUCAAGGCUGGAAAGUAUUAUGUGCCAGAUAUUGACAUCACACUGCCAAAGGGAAAAGGAAAACUUGGUGUCAAUCUUGCCGGUGAGGCUGAUAAUGAUGGAAAGUUACAUAUGCCCAAAAUUGAAUUUUCUGUACCGAGAUUUAAAUCUUCAAAGCUUUUGCCAAAUAUUGAGGGAUCUGAUGGAGAAAAAUUCAGUUUGCCAGCUACUGAUCAAUCACUUCCAAAAGUGAAAUCUAAGGGCCUUUCUAGUUUUGAAGGUGAUACUGCAAUCUGGGGAAAGCUGCAAAUGCCUAACCUUGAAUUUUCUCUACCAAAAGUUAAGUCACUAAAUACUGAUUCAAACUGUGCUCAACCACAUCAUAGUGAUAUAAAUAUACCCGAUGCCAGUGGUCGUGGAAAUUUAAAACUGACUACUGUAAAGCUCCCAAGUUUUGACAUAUCAGCCCCUAAGGUUGACCUUGACUUUGGUAUUCCUAAAGAUAAAGGCAGUGAUAGAGAAGAUAUUGAACUUCUCAAAGCUGAAAGUAGCAGACCAUCAUCUCAGGCAAGUUUCGAUAUCCCAGAUGUGACUCUAAAAAUGCCAAAAAUUUCAUUUCCCAAAUUUGGGGGGAAAUUUAAAAGUGAAGAUAACCAAGGAAUUAAAUUAUCUCAUUUGGCAACUGAAGGGCUAAAUGCUGACAGAAAAAUUAAAGGCAAAAUAAAAAAGCUAAACCCUGAGGGAGAUCUGACUGUUUCACUUGAUCUGGAGGCAGGAGGCAAAGAAGUUAAAGCUCCAACAUUUGAUACAAAGGGAAAAGUCAAAAUGCCCUCAGUUGAGAUAUCCCUGCCAGCCCCAUACAUACAAGAUAAAGAGGCAUUGCUGCCAAAAUCUGAGAUUGAUGUGACUGAGUCAGAUAUAAAGACUUAUGAGGGUAGUUUAAAAAUCCCAAAGAUGCCAACUAUUGAUAUAUCAGUGCCAAAAGUAGACUUGGAUGUUGUUCUACCAAAAGUAAAACAAGAUGCAUUAGUUGAAUCCAGCUCUUCCAACUUUAACCUUGAAACCGAUAACCUAAAUUUACCACAUAUCAACAUGCCAAAUGUGGAUAUAAUAUUACCUCAAGGCCAAAUGUCGCAUGGAAAAACUGAUGCUCAUUCUUCAGAGUUGGACAUCACUGUGCACAGUGGGAAAUGCAAGACUUCCGAUGUUAAAAUGCCCAACAUAGAUGUUUCACUACCCCAUGGUGAAGAAGACAGUGAACCUACAGAUUUUAAUACAGAAGGACAAUAUUUAAAGUUCAAAUUGCCAAAUAUUACAAAGCCAACUGUGGAUAUAUCUCUGCUAAAAGGAAAAGAAGCAAUUACAGUUAAAGAAAUGGACAUAGAAGAAAGGCAGAAAUUAAAGAUGCCAACAAAAGAUUCACGGGUAUCACAGAAACAUCUUGAACUGGAGAAAGUCAAAGGGCCAAAAAUAAAAGGUACAAAGUUCAAUAUUGAAAUGCCUACAUUUAAAUCUUCUACAUUGGAGACAGAUACAGGGAACUCAAGUAAUGUGAAUACAGGUCAGCAGUUAUCCUCAGACCUCGCUAAUAUAAAACUGCAUGAAGCAGACUGCAUUCAAUCUAAUGUAAAGAGCAAAUACGAAAAUAAAUUAAUGUGUACAAGUCCAGAAAUACAGUAUGAGGGCCCUCUUAUUCCAAAAGUAACAAAAGCAGUUUUUGUUUUAGUUAAUUCCCAAUCAGAAAGCUAUAUUAACAUAGCUAGUAAAGUAAGUGCAAAGUCUGUCGAUCAAAAAAGUAACGUGACAAAAGGUGAGCUAUACUCAAAUAAUAAGGGAGAUUAUAAGAAAUUGGAGAUUGCCAAUGAACCGGAGUUAAACUGUAGCACAGUAGUAAGCAAAGACGCAAAACCUAAAUCAGGAAAAAUAUCCUUUCCAGGUUUUAAGAAGAAAUCAGAAAAGGUUCAAGAUGAGAGUGAAAAUGGCAGUGUAGUGUCUUCAAAAGCGAGACUGGAAAUGUUAACAGAAAUGGAAAGAGCUGAGUCCCCACUACCAAAUAUUUCAAUUGCCUCUGUGUCAGGAAAGGCCAGUGGCCAGAAAGAGGGUGGAUCCAAAGAAGAUAUUGGAAGCAGGCAAAAAGAGGGAGAAAAGACAUCUUGGUUUAAAAUCCCUAAAGUCACUCUUAGCCCCCAUUCCACUGGCAUCCUGCAGAUCACACAGGGAUCCCCAAAGGAAAGCAGGUCAUCUUUACAGCACUCUAGUGGAGAUACUUCUGAAGGUUUCUACAGGAGAAUGCCAAAUAUUGAAUUUUCCAGUCAGGAGGUAUCUUCAAUAAACACAGUCACCACAACCAAAGAAGAGACUUUCACUGUGGUAACCCAGACUUCACAGCAUAAAGUAACACAAUCAGCAAGUAGCAGCUCAACUACACACUGAAGUCAGCUAAAUAGAGUGGGAAAAAGUGUGUAGUGGAAUUUUUAUAUGCUUUUGAUUAUUCAGCAUUAUGUAGAAUGAAUGAAUUUACAUAAAUACAGUACAGUGUAACCUUGAUACUAGCAAUCUCGGGUUAGCCCCGUGAGUAUCAAGGUUGCACUGUAUUUAUUUAAUGGAGCACACAUUUCAUUGCAUCUACUUCUAUUUAAAUAUUAUUCUUUAUGUAGAUAAUUACUCUUUUCUAAUUAGUAGUACUAUUUCUCAGACCUGCAUGCAUUGGAUCAUAUAAACACAUACAAUGUAAGUGAAAUAUAGAAUUUUAAGGAAACACUAUUUGUAUUAGAAUCAUCACAGUUUUGAAGCUUUAUAUUUUGCUGUUAAUGUUUGUUGUUAUUGAAUGUUUUCCCUUAUACGGGACGAAAAUAUUUUUCAUGUGUUACACAUAGAAUGUAGGAAAAAUGUAUAUAUUUAUAUAUUUAAAUAACUUUUUAAUGCCAUAAAUCAAUUUAACAUAGAAACAUUUAUUACAUUUUAAAGAAACAUAAUAUAAGGAUUUUUUUGUAAUAUUUAAAUGCAUUAAAAAUUGACAGCAUACAUUGAUUACAUUUCUGUGUGGGAAUGGUUUAUGUGUUCUUCGAUUUGAAGUGUCUGAGUGUGCAUUUUGAUAUUUUUGGCUGAUCAUUUUUCAUUUAAUCAUGAAGAGGAUGGAAUUAGUAUAAAAGUAGUGUUAUUACUGUAUACUUUUUAGCAUGUCCUUUAUAUUAAAUUUGUAAAGCACAAAUUUGAUUUUACAGAUGGAUGAAAUAUUAAAUAAAAUAUUUUAUCU